GUGUCUUGUUUGUGUUUCUUCAUAACUUCUACAAAAGUUAGUUGUCUCCAGGCGUGAACAAGAGGUGGUGAUGUUCAAACUGAGUCGCUGUAAACUCUUCUUCGCCCUCUCCACCUCAAGUAUUCUGGAGGCAAGGCUGCUCACGUCUGCCUACUCGUCCGUACUUCCAAUAUCUAGAACUCUUCCACCGGAAUGUCCCUAAUCCCUCUUGCGGACCAUCUCAUCCUAAAGUACUUCGAUGAGAGUGGCGUAUUUCGUCGGGGAAGUCUUGAAGCUUUGCCACACGAUGUCCUUGUCAAUGGGUUGUUUCCUCAUCUGAAUGUAUACGAUAUAUUGCGCCUCCGUCAAGUCUCGCGAAUACUCUAUAAUGCUACAUUAGAAAAAUCUCUCUGGAUCCGACUGCUCAGAACUAUGACUUGUCCUCUGCACCCGUUGCCUGCGAAUUCUAGAUACUCGCUCAACGGACUUACGCCUUUGGAACUAGAACGUCUUGUCACGCGAUCAUUAUCACUCGAGAAUCUGUGGAGAGACCAGAACCCGGACUCAUUCAACUUGUACAUCCGAGGCUUCAACUUGGCAAGAGAGAUCCUUAAUAUGACUAUUCUACCCGGAGGCAGAUACCUUGUGGCGUCAAUCCGUCAAUUCGACAGAUACUCCAUAAUGCUUCUGGUAAUGGAUCAUGCAAGAGGCGUCAUACCGCUUGCAGAUACUGGGCGUCUGCCGUCGAAGGCUUUUCGCAUUCAGGCGAAGUAUGUCCCUGUCAAUGGGCAGCAUGGAAUACUCAUCUCCUACGUGUGCCGCGAUUAUAAGAAUAAAAAAGACAAGGCUAGGUACCCUAGGCUCAACAUUUCGGCAUAUAGUGAAGAUCACGACAUCGAUCCUGAAGUCCCUCUGAUAUACGAGUGCGGUGUCCUCCAUGUAUCUUUGGCCUCUGUUGAGGGGCUCAGUCACAAUGAACCUGGGACACAGGAGUGGAGCAAUUUUGCACUGUCCCAAGAGUCACCCUUUCGUAUGCCCUGCAAAAUACGCUCACGCGGUCAGUUGGGCAUAUCCGAUGUAGCCGAAGUGUAUGGCAAGCCUUACCUUGUGCUGGUCGUACAGCCAAACACUAUUCAGUUCAAGGUGAUCUCUAUGAGUCAUGUGGAAGUUAAACUGGAGUGUAUGAAAUAUGCAGGGCUCGUACAAUUCGAACACCGAAUUCUGGCAUUGCGCAUCCUUCCUGAGCAGCAUGAGAUAUUGGUUGUCCGUCGAAUCGUCGUCCCAGGAAAGGAUGUCUUUGUCAUAGAACUUUAUGACAUCCCCGAAUUCCUUCCUUCGGGAGAGCUGGCGAUUCGCUUAGGCGACGUCCUCAAACACACCAGUUAUAAAGCUAUCGCUGGGUAUGGUUUCUCGGCAGCCUGGAUCACGGACCCUUUAUGCCUAGUCCAAACUGAUGAAUCGAUCCAGCCCGGGCUCAUGAACGCAUUCUCCCGACGUCCAAUAUGUAUAUACGGACGCACAGUCAACGAAGAAGUUAUGGUCGGUGACCUAAUUCGAAAGUUGGAUGGAUUCAUGCGGCUGGUCAUCUGGCCAGAGACCGCUCAGCGAACGCUACCCAAUGGUCAGGUACAGGAAUACUGCGAGUACAACUUGAACUCGAUGUCCAAGAUCAUGUCCUUUGUGUCCAAAGGAGAUGCCCAGUUUCGCAUCCUCCCGGGAUGUCGACGCUCUGUUCUAUUCAGCAGUCCGCCCGAUGAUAUCUCGGAUGCACCGCCUAUCUACAAAGCUUUCAGAAUCGUGGACGAUGAGUGUGACUUACCGAAAAACCAUAAUCUGCCGGCAGGGCAGAUUUACGGGUACUUGGAUAUACCUUUCCAGUUUGGUGAUAAGAAGUGGAAGGCUAUGGCUUGGGACGAUACGAUUGGGAGGUUGUGUAUUUCGCCGGAGGGUAGUUCCAUAGUGACUGUGGUCGAGUUUGCGAAGGCACCCAUAGCAGCAAAUGUUGUUCCCAUGGAUCCGGAAGAGAGAAUAGCGAGUCAGGAAAACGAAGGGCGCGUUCUCGUAGGCACUAAUCACCUAAUUCCUGAAGUUAACAUAAGAGAAGGCGCAAUUACUCACGAUCACAUUGCUUAUGAGGAGAAAGGUGUGAUCGAGAGGUUGCGCGAGUAUGUUUCUCUUUCUGGUAUCUUUGGCUCGGGUUCAUCGGAUGCCUCCAACAUGGUAUGAGAUUGGACAUUUCUUCUUUAUUCAUAGGCGAUUUGUUGGGUAUAUGGACUUUUGAAUAUUUAUAAAUAUUGACUAUCAGCGUGAAUGCAGCACGACGGUGCCCAAACGACAGCCUUCAACUCCGUUAGCGGUCAUCACGAUCUCACCAUCGACAAGGUCGUCUUUGCGCAACUGCCCUUCCGCCGCUUCGAUCCACUUUCCUUGUUCCAAUAACAAGCGUCGCAUGACUCCUGAUAAGCAUCCUGAGCUCUUUGCAUUGGGAGUCAACCACUGGCCAUCUCUCCGGAUUGCGAGAUUCCGUAUAGAAGUUUCAGAAAGCUCGCCUGCUGGAGUGUGUAAAAUUACGUCCGAAUAUCGUCCCGCAGGAGUGGUUAAAAGCGGUAGAUUGGUGCGAGCUCGGGCAGCAUCAUAAUGCCCACGCCGUGUGGUUUUGGUGGAUGUGUACAAGGAUGGUUCUGUUGGUUCAGUAUCCAGACGGAAAACGUGUUCGGGAACACUGCUUGGCUCAAGUGGAUCCGAUGUAGGUAGCGGUUCAACAGGAAAAGCUGUCGCAGAAAGACGACCGGCACGAGAUAGAGUUACUCGUACCUUUGAAAACCCAAUAGCUUC